AUCCUCACCAAAAUAAAUAAAUAAAUAAAAUACAUUAACACACAACAAACUCCACUUUCCAUUCCUCCACCGUCCUCCAACAUGGCCACUACCACCGUCGCCGCCGCUACAUCCUCCUUCAUUGGCACACGCCUCAAUGAGGCUCACUCCGGAUCUGGUCGUGUCCAGGCUCGGUUUGGAUUCGGAAAAAAGAAAGCUCCACCCAAGAAAGUGUCAAAGUCCGUCACCACGGACCGCCCAUUGUGGUUCCCGGGAGCACGGGCACCCGAAUGGCUCGAUGGAAGUCUGGUCGGUGAUUAUGGUUUCGACCCUUUUGGUCUGGGAAAACCCGCUGAGUACUUGCAGUAUGACUUAGAUUCUCUAGAUCAGAACUUGGCCAAGAACUUGGCGGGUGAGAUUAUUGGGACCAGGACUGAGGCUGCUGAUGUUAAAUCGACACCGUUUCAGCCUUACAGUGAGGUUUUUGGACUCCAGAGGUUUAGGGAGUGCGAGCUGAUCCAUGGCAGGUGGGCUAUGUUGGCCACUCUCGGUGCCUUGACAGUCGAGUGGCUCACCGGCGUUACAUGGCAAGAUGCGGGAAAGGUUGAGCUUGUUGAGGGUGCCUCCUACCUUGGCCAACCACUUCCAUUCUCCAUAACCACAUUAAUAUGGAUUGAAGUCCUGGUGAUUGGAUACAUUGAGUUCCAGAGGAAUGCCGAGCUUGAUCCCGAGAAGAGGCUUUACCCCGGUGGCAGCUUCUUCGAUCCACUUGGCUUGGCAGCCGACCCUGAGAAGAAAGCCACCCUUCAACUGGCGGAGAUAAAGCAUGCCCGUCUCGCCAUGGUGGCAUUCCUCGGCUUUGCAGUCCAGGCUGCCGCCACCGGCAAAGGUCCUCUUAACAACUGGGCUACACACUUGAGUGACCCUCUUCACACAACCAUUUUGGACACCUUCGGCUUCUUCUCUUAAGCUCUUGAAAUCAUCGAUUUCUUAUCCUAUUUCUAGCUGAGAACAUUUUACUAGUAUAUUAAUAUUGUACUGUUCUAUAGUUCUCAACUUGUAAAAAUUGUAACAUUGAACAGUUUUUAAGCUGAAUAUGAUCUAUAUAUUAAGCUUACUCGUAUAAA